CCGACCAAUAAACAAAUGCCUCAUUGGCCCAGCGAGCUCAGGCCCCGAAAAUUCCGCCUUCGCAUUGGGCCUUUCGCAGGGAGGCCGUGGCUCCCGGGCUCCGCCCCUCGCCGCGGCCCAGCCUCGGGGUCCUGGGCUGAACGUGCCGACUAUCUCGCGGCCGCCCCUGCCGCCUGCGUGCGAGCCGCCUGCCCCGGAGUCUCCGCGCUGCUCCUCGGUGCCGGCCGCGCGCGCCGGGAUGCUCUGCUCCUGCUGUGGGGCCCCAACAUGGAGACCAAACGCCUGGAGAUCCCCGGCAGCGUCCUGGACGAUCUCUGCAGCCGAUUUAUUUUGCAUAUUCCCAGCGAGGAAAGAGACAAUGCAAUCCGAGUGUGCUUUCAGAUUGAACUUGCCCAUUGGUUUUACUUGGAUUUCUACAUGCAGAACACACCAGGAUUACCUCAGUGUGGGAUAAGAGACUUUGCUAAAGCUGUCUUUAGUCAUUGUCCAUUUUUGCUGCCUCAAGGUGAAGAUGUGGAAAAAAUUUUGGAUGAAUGGAAAGAAUACAAAAUGGGAGUACCAACAUAUGGUGCAAUUAUUCUUGAUGAGACGCUUGAAAAUGUGCUACUGGUUCAGGGGUACUUAGCAAAAUCAGGCUGGGGAUUUCCAAAAGGAAAAGUGAACAAAGAGGAAGCGCCUCAUGAUUGUGCUGCUAGAGAGGUCUUUGAAGAAACUGGUUUUGAUAUUAGAGAAUAUAUUUGUAAAGAUGAUUACAUUGAACUUCGAAUCAACGACCAGCUUGCUCGAUUGUACAUCAUUCCAGGAAUUCCAAAAGACACAAAAUUUAACCCAAAAACAAGAAGAGAAAUUCGGAACAUUGAAUGGUUCUCCAUUGAGAAAUUACCCUGUCAUAGAAAUGAUAUGACCCCCAAAUCUAAGCUUGGUUUGGCACCUAACAAAUUUUUUAUGGCCAUUCCCUUUAUCAGACCAUUAAGGGACUGGCUGUCUCGAAGAUUUGGAGAUUCCUCAGACAGUGACAAUGGAUUUUCCUCAGCUGGUAGCACACCUGCUAAACCCACUGUGGAAAAAUUGAGUCGAACGAAAUUCCGUCACAGCCAGCAGUUAUUUCCUGAGGGUUCUCCUGGUGACCAGUGGAUAAAGCACAGGCAGCCGCUACAACAAAAGCCAUGCAGUAACCAUUCUGAAAUGUCUGACUCUCUAAAAGCAAAGAAUCAGAAUGUGAGGGGCAAUGGCAGAAAACAGUAUCAAGACUCACCCAGUCAGAAGAAGAGAGCAAACGGAAUUCAUAGUCAACCAGCAAAGCAACAGAAUUCCUUGAUGAAAUGUGAAAAGAAGCUGCAUCCCCGAAAACUUCAGGAUAACUUUGAAACAGAUGCUGUAUAUGACUUGCCUUGUUCUGGUGAAGAUCCAUUAGGAGAACAUGCUGAGGGACACACCAUGGCAUGUAAUGGACAUUGCAAGCUCCCCUUUUCAUCCAGAACCUUUCUGAGUUUCAAGUUUGACCAUAAUGCUAUAAUGAAAAUCUUGGACCUUUGACAGCAACAAAUAUAUUACAGAAGUCCCAAGAUCAGAGACCUGUUGCAUUUGAGCGGUGUCUCCUCAAGCCUUACCUUUCUCAGGUAUUUUAAAGACAUGCAGGGAGGCAAAGUUUCUGAAGAGAUUUUCCAUGCAGAAGAGAAAGUAGAAACAUAAGUUUGCACUGUACAUGCAGUUUUAACCUUUUAUACAGAUUUACCUUUUCAGUGUUUAGAACCAAGAUUAAAUUGCCUUUUUCUUUCUUUUUUUUUUUUUAAUGUUAUUUUUGAGGGCAUUUAUUUUGUGUAACUGUGGGUCUUUGUAUUCUUGUCAAGAAAAUAGUUGUUUUGAUUGAGUCAUCAAGUAGCCAGGUUAAUGGAAUACUUCCAUCUCCCCAUUAUAGUGAUUGCAGAAGUUUACUUAUAUUGAAAAUUUAAAAAACUUAAAAUACUCAAGUUAUUAAUGAGUGUAAGAGCUGAAAUGUCAUAUCAAGAUUGCAGGCAUUUUGUUCAUUUUUCUGCUUCUAACCACUGAGGCUCUCUAAUCCUUCUGUUUAGUGUUUUGUCUAUUUAGAGCCAGCAUCUGCAAUAUAAUAAUAUUCGUGUGCAAACUGAACUCUUAAGCACUUCAGAGGACAGAGGCCUGGAGAAAGAUCGCAUUGGUGAGGAGCUGAUGCUGUAAUUUUGAGUUGUUACAAGCUGGCAGUAAACCCCAGUGCUGGAACAGAGGGAAUGGAGGCCAGGACCUGGCAGUUGCUUUGAGUCAUGCCUUUACCAUCCUGCCUCCAUCCAUUCAGUAUUGUGCAAUGAUGCUCAUAUGAAAUUUUCAUGCACAUUCUAGUUGUGUGAGUAUGUACGGAAAACUGACAUUCUUAGUUUUACAUUUCAUCUCAGUGUUGAACUAUGGAAACUGGUAUUAUGUUAGGUUCCCAGUUUGCAGUAAUCACAGAGUGAUGUGGUUUUUAUUAACCACUCAACCCCCAAUGGUUAUAGAGAAAGGAAGGGGUUAUAUACAAACAAAGCCAUGUCACUAGGAGAGAAUGAACCACAGAAGUAAUACUCAGCAUACAUCUAGGAAUGUAUUUUGUAUUUUGUUCCUUCAAGAUUCUUAUAUCCAAACAAGGAUGACAAUGUGCAUUUUACAAAGGAUCAUCUGUAACUGAGGACAAUCACAGAGCUUUAAGAGGCGAUACUGGUUUGGCUGCAUCUGACCUCACUGAGAAGAAUAUUUUGGGGUGGGAUCAGGGACUGUUUGAGUGUAUGUGUGCAUGUGCAUCUGACAUGUGGGUUUUUAAAAAAGCUUUUGCUUUACAAGUGGUAUCCACAAAGUAUAUCUCUGCUUAUAAAUAUUACUAUAGAAAACUUUAUUCUGUAUAUGUAGCCUAUUUAAUAGGGGUUCUACAUAACCCCAUGGGACUUUUAAAGAAGGGCUAAUUAUUGUAAGGAGUUCAUUUGGUAUUGCUACUUGCUUUAGCUCUUAAGUGGCUGAUUUUAAAGAAAUUCUAUUUACUAAUGAAAGUGUCACUCUUGGUGCUAAGCAGAAGAAUUCACAAUGGUAGCAGUGUGUUUAGAAUCUUUUACUGUGAUUAAUUUGUGAAUCCUUCUGUAACUUUUGCUUCUUAAUGCAUUAUGUGAUUGUGUGUGGAAGCCCUUACUGUUCUUUUCAGAAAUACGGCUGCUUUGCUUGGGUCUUCUUGAGCCAUAUUUAUAGUUAGUCCCAGCAUUCCAGGUUUCUGUUAAAUGGUUACAAGAGUGAAAACUUAGCUUGCCUGGCAGAUGAAUCAUUUUCUCUCAUUUUUGGUCAUCUGGAAACCAUUUAAUUUUUAGUGUGUUUGUGUCAUUCUUCUUAAAUGAAUACUUUAGUCUUUCUGGUGCCUAUAAAGUUAGAUUUUUCAGCUCUCAAUUCUAAAGCUAAAGAGAUUAGUUACCAGAAGUAUGGCCUCUAAUGUGGUUGACUUUAAGAACCAACAGGUUACCUUUAAUUGACAACAGUUGCUACUGUUGAGCUGCUUCAUUUAAUGCACUGUGGAACAAAGCAAGGGUGUGGUUGGGAUGCAAUUGUGAUAACAUGAGACUUUAGUUGUCUUGACAGUCCAAGGUUAAUUUAGCAUGAUAAAAGAGGAGUUAAGGUUUGUAUAUAUGAUGUGACUUAACUAUGCAGAAAAUGUUUAAAUUGAUUGUACUCUUUAAAUAUACAUCUGUUGUACUUGCUCCAUUUCACUGUUCAGGUUAUGUUGAGGUAGCCCAGGUUUAGCAUAGGACUAGAUUUCUCCUUUGAGACACUAGCAUGGUUUGAUGAAAUCUGUCUGUAAAGAAGGAUGCUGAAUAUGCAAUAAUGACUUCUGUGUGGUGCUGCAUUUUACGAAGCUAGAUGGGAACAGUUAUGUUGGCUUCAUGAUGCUUUGUGUGCUUGAGAGAGAGGUCUUUGAAUUCACCUUUUAAAUGUCCUUAGGAUCCAGCCAUAUGUGUUCCAAGGUGUAGUGCACUGUGAAUCUUUUUUUAAUUUAAUUUUGUAGGUGCUUUUAUGUAUAACUUCAGUGAUUUUAUAGGAUGUUAAAUGAAUUUUGUCCUUAACCAUUCUAAUCCAAAAGAUAAGGGUACGGUUUACAUAUUUUUUUUUAAGUUUCUGUUUAUAGCAAAUGAAUGACCUUAGAAUUUCAAAUAGUGAUUCCUUCCUGAGACAUGAGCAUUUGGAGAGGCCUGAAAAACCUUAUUGCUCUCUGUUAGCAUGGAUGAAAUUUGUUAGACAUGUUAAAAAAAUUAAACUUUUAUAUUAAUAUAUAAAAGAGAGUCUCCCAGUGCAGUCAAGGGAAUUGCUUGCUGUUUUGCGCUUUGAAUAUCAUUAUUUUUGUAUUAAAUAUUAAUUAGUAAAUACAGAUAAUGAAGAUAUAUGGCAGAUUAAUAUUAUGCUGUAAGACUUGGCUGUACAUUUUUCAUUUGAAGGUUUUAGUAAUUUGUAUGUAAUAUGAACUAAAAAUGCAAAUCCGAGUGAGUGAAUGAGGAUAGGAAUAAAGUUCCUUUAUGAAACUCAACAUUCUGUGUUCUCUAAAAAUGUUAAGGUCUCGUGCCUGUGUGCAUUAAAAACAUUUCAUUUCCAGUUUCCUCACUUUUCGGUUCUCUGUGUUUUUCUAGCAUUUUGCCUAGCAGUAAGGAGAGUGAAAGGAAUUCAGAAAUUGGACUUUUUGCCAAGUUGGUUUCCUUGCUCUGAUACCUCUGGCUCUUUUUGUGCCAUUGCACCUCCUUGCUCAGAGACUUCGGUAUCUUUUGUGUCUUUAUAUUUUCUGAGGCAGUGUUUCCUUUGUAUCAUGGUUGUAUUCAUUGAUAUUUCUUCUUCUUGACCUUGAGUUGGAUUAUUGUCUAGCCUGAGGGAAGGAGGUCAGAUGUUUAUUGUAAUGUGAAGUUGACAAUAAGCAAAGUAAUCCAUUCUUUUAUAUGAUGAAGGUAUCCUUUACCUUUAUGUAUGUUAGUAAGGUAGUUAUAUUACACCUGACACCUGACGGCUCAGCAGAACUUAGAGCUUCUCAUUUCUCGUGUCCUAACACUUUAAAAUACAUUUGUGGUGAGUUUAUAAUAAGCCUUCUCAGUAUCAUAUUUUCUAUCUAGAACUAAAUUACUCUUGAAGCCUAUAGUUCUAUGUCAGAAGGUGACAGAUUACAGGUAGGGAGUAUGAGAUUUGUCCCAUGCUUUCAAAGUAGAGUUCUAGAUUACAGUUUUCAAAAGUAUGACAGAUUGUUAUUAUAAACAAAAUAAUGUCCACUAAAGCAAAGAUUGUUAAGGUUGCUGCCCAGAGUUUGAGGAACAAAAUUGUGAAACAUGCAGUUGUUGUUCCAGGUUAGAAAUGUAAUAAUCACCUAGCCUAAAAUGGUCUAAUAUAUGUGACCCUUGCCAGAUGAUUUCUACCGCUGAAUAAAUGUAUUAUCUUCUAAGUAUGAUUAUCAAACAACCCACUGCACCUAAAGUAAUUUUUCUCACUUUGAAGACCAGUGUUUGGACCCUUUCUGUGCUUUCUGCUAAGCUCUGGCUGUUCUGAAGUGCACUUAGUUUCUGCUAACCAAGUAACCCAGAGUGCACACAGCACAGGCAUCUGUGUGCUAGCUGUACUUUGACCUGAAUGGUUAUUCCCUUCACAGCUAGUUUCCUUGUGACAAACAGCAUUUGUCACUGAAACAGUCCAUAGCAAGGGAAAAGUGAAGCCAACUCUCAUUUGUGGGAGUAGGUGUGAAGGGUUUGCUUCCACCAGCUGAGUUGUUCUGACUUUUUUGCAGGUUUUUGGUUGGUUGGUUGGUUUUCCUUGUAUACUUCUCUGUACUUUAUGUUAAAGAAUACAGGUUUUAGCUUGAGAGAUUUGCAUUGGAAUCUCAAACCUGAAAUCAGUAAUGAAGAUUCCAUGUGUCUCAAGCCUUGAGGUUACCUGAGGAGAUGGUUUUGUCUACUGUGGUAGCUUCUCAAGAUGCUUGUUGGGACAGUACUCAUCAAGGGUGCUCUGCCAGACACUGCAGAAAUCAGUUGCAGGAUGUGACUUUGUCUCCCCCAGGGUUCUUUAGUAGCAGAGUAAGGCCCUAAAUAUACAUUUGCUGUUGUAAUUGGCUGUUUCUUGUUGUUGAUGAUGUUGCUAGCUACUUUGUUGUCAUUUUUGAAGACUUGUUUUCUAAUCUUUUUUAUUGGUAUGACAGCCAAGAAGUAGCCAUUGAUUGAAUCCCUCUCAUACUCUUUCUAGUGACUUGUCCUGUCCUACAUGAAGUCAUCAGUCUUUUGUGUGCUACAUUCUUAGUGCAUCUGCCACCAUGAGAAUUUGCUAUUCAUUUUUUAACUCUUGGGCCUCAAGUCUCAGUGUAGAUAGCCAUGAAAUUUGUGUGUGGUUCUAGGAUGAAAUGGGCAAUAUUUGCUGGUCCUUGGUCCUUGAGAUGUCUUUUUCCUACAAUAGUAUACUUUUCAAAGUAGAAGAUAACAUAACUUUCUACUUUUAAUCUCUAGCUAUAGGCUGUGGUAAAGUAUUGGGGGACACAAAUGUACAUUUUAAAAUCAUUUCCCAUGCUUUAAGAAAUUAGCACAUGCUUCUGUAGUAUUUAGCAAUAAAUCAUAAAUGGGAGCAAAGGAAAGCAAAGGUUCCCAGCUGUGGAGGAAAUAUACAGGUGUCUGUCCCCUGCAGUUUGGUGAUUAGAUAUGUUCGUGCUUUUGGAACAUGAGUAGUAGUGGGCUUGUGCUCUUUAUGCACGAUACACGGCACACAGUGAUAGCAAAACACCGAAGACACUGUAGGAAUCUGCAUUGCACUGCUGUCCUGUGGCACUGCUGGCUGUGGCACAUUAAAUGCCAAAUGCAAGUGUCCAAGGAAAUGAGCCUUUAAUUUACAUUUCAAGUUAGGGCAGGAGACAGCCAACUCAACUUCCAUUGUAUAAAUAUUACAGUUUUUUUUUCAAUUUAACAAAUAGGGAGGAACAAUAACACCAUGAACUUUGCUUUAAUUUUUAAAAAUUAUUUUUGAUAUUUGCUAAUUAGCUUAAGACCUUAUGAUAGUUUUAAAAAUAAGUAUUGACUCACUAGACUAUCGUUUAGUUAAUCUCUUGGUUUUAAUGAAACUCUAAAUGAGUCUUUGUGAAUGUUCAUGUAUUUAGCUACCUUAAGUGGUGUAUCUCUUAAGUAAGAUUGUUUUUCAUCUAACCCAAAUGAGCCAUACAGUUUAUUUGAGCAAGAAAGUAAAUAAGAGUUCUUCAAUUAUUUUUUAAAUACUUUGUCUACUUCAAAGACAAGAUUUGAAGUGGCCUUGUACAUUGUGCUGUGAGGACCUGAUGUUCGUGGAAGGCAAAUAGCCUGAAAACAAUCUGUUUAUAAAUCCUAAUCUAAAAAAAGCAAAAGUUGUAUCAUGAAACCUACAAAACCUAGUACACAAGAACUGAUGAAAUGACUUCACUGAGUAUAGUGUUCAGUAAAAACUGGACUUUUAGAAUAAAUAGAUUUGUAAACUUUGUUUCUUAGAUCAUUAAUCAGUUUUGUCUUAUAUGAAACAUUUAAUCAUUGCCUAAUGUACAGCAGUAUUUUAUUACUUGAAUCUCUAGGGCAUUUCAAUGCCUAAAGACUAAACCCUCUACAUGAUUAUGUCUAUUGUAGUAAUAAAAGUUCUUGCUUCUUUUUGGGUAAUGGUCAAAUGUUUAGGGAAAGCCAAAAAGGAGACCCCCAAAAUGAACUUGUUGGGUUCUCUGCAGUGUAACAACAUUAGAGCAGAUAAGUUUCUGAUUUUUUUUUUUUUAAUACUGCAAUUCAGCAAUGGCUUUGCCACCUCCAUGUUAAGGAUGGAAACUGGAUUUCACUUAUUUUGGAUGUAACUGUCAUAAACUAAAGGUGUCCAGUGACCCAUGUUUGUGAAUUGGUGUUUGAAGGUUUCUGGGGCAUUGCACUUCCAAACAUGUGCAGAUUGUCAGCUCUUCUCAGAAAUGCAGUCCGUCGUCUUAAUAGUAAUUAUGGUGUAACUUUCUAAAGCUUUUGAUGUAAUUAACACUAGUUUAGAAACUAAAAACUUAACUUACAAUGAUGGAAGGUGGUUCACUUAAUUGGCUUUCUGUAAAAACAUUAUUGUAUUAAAUUUGGGCUAAUUCUGGCUAUUUGUAAUGCAAUCCCAAUAAAAUUGGCUGCUUUGGCAGUUUCAGUUACUAUGCUAA